AUUUCCCGUGAGGCCCCGCCCCCCGUGUGAGUCAGUCCGGCCCGGCUUUGCCUGCAACCUUGAACCCACUCACAGACCAGCAGAGCCAGCGGCCAGCCCGGGGUACUCACGCUUGGCUACUAUGCGCCUCUCAUCUCUGACGUCUAGGAGGAUGUGCUGACUUGAGAAGCGCCUGGUCGGGAGUGAGGUGCGGAGGUUCUCAUCGCCUGGCUGGGCAGGAGACAGAGCUGCUGGAAGCCGCGGGCACAUCUGCCUCUGAAGCGGGGACGCGUCCCCUCAGCAGGCACGGCUGGCCCGGAGCGGGCUUUGCUGAUACCCGGAUGUGACCUCAGGAUCUCUAGCAGCUCUGGUGACACUAGCGACUUCACUUAAAAAUCCCAUCAGCGCCUGCUUUGCAAGGGCCAUCCCCGGAUCCCACCAUGGGCAAGGGCUGUUCCCAUAUCGCGCUCACGGUGCUGCUCGUCCUGAAUCUCACCAAGACCAGGUCUCUGCCGGACCCAUGUAGUGCCUGUGCAGCUGGUACUUUCUGUGGGAAAGCUGCAAAUCAGACUUGCUUCCUCUGUCCUCCAAACAGUUUCUCCAGCAAAAGUGGACAAAAGGCCUGUGACAUAUGCAGAAAAUGUGAAGGUGUCUUCAGGACCAAGAAGCCUUGCUCUAAAACCAGCAACACAGAGUGUGAGUGUGUGCCGGGCUUCAGCUGUGUGGACGCCGGAUGCACCCAGUGUAAACAGGAUUGUGAAGAAGGACAACAAUUAACCCAAGAGGGUUGUAAGGACUGUGCCUUUGGGACAUUUUACGAUGAGGAGCGUGGCGCCUGCAGAGCCUGGACAGACUGUUCUUCGGCUGGAAAGCCUGUGCUGGUCGCUGGAUCGAAGGACAGGGAUGCAGUGUGUGGCCCGGACUUGGCAGACUCCUCACCGGUGUCACUGUCCACCACCAGGCUCACGUCUGCUGGAGCACCAGGCCACAUCCCCCAGUUCCUCAUUGUCCUCCUCCUGCUGAUGUCCACGGCAGUCAUCAUCCUGGCGUUCGUCCUCACGCUCCGCCUCUCCAUGGUCAGACGCGGCAGGAAGAAAUUCUUGUACCUGCUCAAACAGCCCUUCCUGAGUCCAGUCCACACCUCCCAAGAGGAAGAUGGUUGUAGCUGCAGCUUUCCCGAGGAGGAGGCAGGAGGGUGUGCGCCGUGACGCAGAUAUCCAGCCGUCGGCGCAUCGCGAGCAAAGCAGAGAGAGAACGUGAGACCCUCCCGCGUCUCUCAGUGGACAGGCGCCGUCAUGGACACACUCAGAAGCACCCCGAGUUAUCUCCACACACUCAGAAAUGCCCUUCAGCGCUUUUGAACAGGAGGGGCAGGACUGGGGACAAGGGCCCUUUCCAGAUGCCCCCACAGACCUGGCCACUGCACGGCACGGCUCCAGGAAUUCUAUCCGCAUUUCAGUCAGGAGGUCGGUGACUCAGCUGAAGCCAUCAGCAAACCGGUUUCCUUUGUUUGUUUGUCCUGUGCUCAUAUGACAGAACAGGGGCCAGAGGAGGCAGGAAAUUGCCCCGAACCCGAUUCCCACUGAUCAUUCAGCCAGUCGGCAUGAGGCCCAGGCCGACAGACCUCAAGGUUGGGGUCUAGGCAAGAAAGGUUUGGCAAGAUGCCCAGUGUCCCUGCGUGUCCUGGGGCUUUCCUGCCCUCAUGCCGACUUCCCCUGGGCUUUGGUUGGAUUCUUAAAAAUGCAGAAAAUCAGAUGUGAUAGCCAGCGGGAAGAGAAGGGAGCCCAGGACCCAGAGCCCAGUCAGACCCUCAGGGUUGACACUGCUGGACCCAGAUAGAAGUUUGCUUUCAGGACCACCCGGGCUGGAAAUGUUUUUCUCCUGAACCCGACUGUCCUUAGUCACCCCGCAACCUGCACCCCAUCCUUGGGUCUACACUCCCUUGCUUACAGAAAAAAAAAGUGUUUAUUUUCUCAACACGUA